AUGGCCGAGACGUUUGACCCAAAGACGAACAAGCCUCGCAUUGAUGUUCUAAAGUACCAUUUCAUUCAUGAAGGCCGUCUAGAAGAAAACGUUGCACUUCGUAUCAUUAACGAUGGCGCUGCCUUAUUGAGAGCAGAGAAAACGAUGAUCGAUAUUGAGGCCCCGGUAACUGUUUGCGGUGAUAUUCACGGCCAAUUUUAUGAUCUAAUGAAACUAUUUGAAGUUGGUGGCCACCCAUCAACAACCAAGUAUCUCUUUCUCGGUGACUACGUCGACCGAGGAUAUUUCAGUAUCGAGUGCGUUUUAUAUCUUUGGUCACUGAAGCUCUGCUAUCCGAAUACACUCUUCCUAUUACGUGGCAAUCAUGAGUGUCGCCAUUUGACAGAGUACUUCACAUUUAAAACGGAAU